AUGCCAGAAGUUUAUGAUUUCAUUGUUGUCGGAGGUAAGAACACUCCCACAAGAGUAGUGAUAGCAUUACUAAUCCCAAACAGGUGGAACCUCAGGUUGUGUAAUUGCAAGCCGCUUAGCAUCCUCUCCCUCCGCACCCCGAGUUCUCCUGCUCGAAGGCAUGAAACACCAUUCAUCAUUCAAGCAACAACUUGAAGUCCCGGUAUCAAACUAAUAACAUUUACAGGCGGAGGCACGAAUUCCAACCCACUCUUCCGAACACCAGAAAACCGCUGGGCCUUAGUAUUUACCGAGCCAUCCGUAGAAUGGGGCUACACAACCACUCCCCAGAUGCAUCUUGCCGGCCAACAAAUUCCCUGUUUGAGAGGAAAGGGCUUAGGUGGCUCUAGUGCUGUGAAUUUCGCUUGUUGGGUGAUUGGAGACAAGAAUGAUUAUGAUGAAUGGGCGGAGUUGGUAGGUGACGAUGAUUGGCGAUGGGAGGGCGAGAAUGGAGUGAAAACUAGACUUAGGAAGAUUGAAAAUGUGCAUGAUGUCGGUGAGGGCGUGACGGAGGCGCAGAGAGCUUUGGCGGAUAAUGAGUUGUUGAAAUUGCAUUCGAAAGAGGGGAUGGUUGAUGUGUCUUAUGACCAGUUUUGGGAAGGCCGUGAGCUCAUGGCUAUGCAAAUUGCACAGGAGAUGGGUGUAAGCUCGCUUGCGUCUUAUGAUUUUCCAGAUGAUAUUUGCUAACGUGGAUGUAGAUUCCAAUCAAUGGCGACAUGAACUCUGGCAACCCUCAUGGCCUUAGUCUUGCCCCAUCCACGUUUGGCAAAGGAGCCCGUACUACUUCAGCAUCAGCAUACUUAAAUUCUCCACCUGGAAACCUUACCAUAGUCACCAACAGCAUUGUGGACAAAGUCAUAUUCGACGAAUCUAAGCGAGCAAUUGGAGCUGUGACCAUUGAAGGAAAAGUAUAUAAAGCCUCGAAGGAAGUUAUAAUUUCCGCAGGCGCUUUCGACUCCCCAAAAAUCCUACUUAGAUCUGGAGUUGGACCAGCAGAUGAAUUUAGUGAACUCUCGAUUCCAGUCAUCGAAGAUAUUCCUGGUGUUGGAAAAAACCUUAUGGACCAUUGUCUUUGCAACAUUACCCAUAUUUUGAAAGACGAGCUCGUGCCUAUUAUCAAGUCCAAAGCCCGAGAUCCUCUACUUAAUUCAGGUGAACAGAUUCCCAUGGCUUGGGUGCAAUUGCCAAAGAUUAUCGAGUCACCAGAAUGUAAGAUAGCCCCGCAGUUUAUUUCGUCCUAUAUUGUACAACACCACUCUCAAUUCUCCCAAACAACCUCAAAAUCCAGCACAUAACAUCCCAAAAACUAACAAAACAACCCAGUCAACGCACUCCCCCCACACGUCAAAACCCACAUCUCCAAAGUCCCCACCACAGAAAUCAUAAUCUUCGGCAUCAACCUCGGCGUCGCGCUCCCCAAACGAACCACCCAAAUCCUCAACAUCACCGUCGGAACAAUGAACAACCAAUCCACCGGCACCCUAAAACUCACCUCCCCAGAUGCCGCAGCGCCCGCACUAAUCGACAUGCAAUACCUCUCGCAUCCCUACGACCGGCGCGUCGCAAUCGAGAAUAUCCGUGUCGCCAUGGAAAUGGGCAAGUCACCUUCCCUCCAAGCGCUUACGGAGAGUAUCCUCGUUGCGCCGAAAAGCGAGAGUGAGGAGGAUAUUUGGGAGUUUGUGAAGGAGAAGGUUAGUCCCAUCUACCAUUUUGCGGGGACCUGUAAGAUGGGGAGGGAGGAAGACGAAUUGGCAGUUGUGGAUGCGAGUUUUAGGGUGAGGGGAUUAAAGGGGUUGAGAGUUGCGGAUCACAGUGUGGCGCCUUUGAUGGUUAAUAACCAUACGCAGAGUACUUGUUAUCUUAUUGUAGGUCUCCCUAUUCUCGUUACAACUUGAGUAUUGGAGUUGUCGCUAAUGUGUUGGAUAGGGAGAGACCGCUGCGGAGAAGCUUAUUAAGGAGUAUAAGUUAUAAGAAGUUCAAAGAGGUAACUGGGUAUUAGCUCAUGCUCGGUAUCAACGAGAUUUAAUUACGAUUACUCUAUGUUACCUUAUUAUCCUCUAUUGUAAGCUUCCUUGAAAGGCC